UCUCUCUCUCUCUCGCACACAAACGCGCUACGCGGCUCUGGACAACAUGAGCUUUCGAUAGUUUAUUUUCCUCUUCGCUCACCCACUGAACGAGGGAGAUGGAAAAAUAAAAAGAUGGAGAAAAAUAUACCACUUUUGUUUGACUAUUUUCAUACGGCGUGGUGCGUAGAGGCGGUGAGGUGGAGUUUUGCAGUGGAAAUCGCAGCUGUGGCAGAAAACGCCUGUCAAUUACACUGCUUGAUGUCUCUGAAUCCACGGGGCUGAGGUGAGACGUCCCCCGUGCUGCACAGCUCCAAGACGCGUCUCUGACGCACUCUCAGUGACCUACGGAAUACACCGAACCCUAAUUGUCCGGAGAGCUGUUGAUCCUUGGGGAGGUCUACGAAAACCACCACACAACAUCACCCGUACGUCCACUUAUCAAUUCCAUCCCCGUCUCCGACAGAGACCGCUGGACCCUGCGCUUCACUCGGGCGUCUUGCGCACUGAGGUCCCCGUGCGUCGCAGGAGUCUUCGAAUCUCGACGCAGGAGGAUACGCGGUUGAACUUCUCAUCGCGCAUUAGUUUAAAAGCGGUUUCGCUUGGGGAAAUAAAGCACGAACCCUCAGCAGGCAGCAGCGGCACUGCGUGAACCAUUCCGAUGAACUAAUCUCCUUUCCUUGCGUCGUGGAUGGAGGAGAGCCUCGCCUCGGACGCGUAGGUGUCGGAUCGCUGAUCAUGGUGGUGGUCGGUAUCGCUGCAAGAAAACUCCGCGUCGAAACCUUUGCUGAAUGAACUCUCAUGCAACACAAGGUGUGGGGGGGGGGGAGCCCUUCACGGAAAUAUCCAAGCAACACUGAGAUUGUGAUGCGUGCGUCUGGAGAGAGGAGAGAGAAGGACAGCGACCCCUCAGCUGCGUCCGGGUUUUGAAAAGUAAGACUGGAGACCUGAUAGAUUUGAACCACAUUUGACGGGUACAACUCGACGUUGGAUUGAUUCAAAUAAAGAAAGAAUCAAACAGCCUCAUCAUUUGAACUCCACCGGCCUGCUCCAAGGAGGAGACGGGGACGAGUCCGGGACGCGCCAAAGAUAAACCUCAGUAGAUUUGUAGAUUUGGGAAGCAUUUCGGGGACCCGCACUGAACUGUGAGGUGAAUGCCGCUCGGAUUCCACGGGGCUCAAAGCCCACCGGAAGAAAGUUCAUCCUUCGUGUCGCCGUGAGAGGGCUUCUCAGAACAAUCUGCAUCUGCGUGGUGGACGUGGCCGACAUAACGAUCCAGUCCGGAGCCGCCAGGAUUUUCUAGACCCUGCUGGGAUCCACGACAGAACAACUCAAGUCUUUGAGCAUCUCCAAAAGAUCACUCGCUGGUAUCAUCAUCUUUUGUAUUCUAAUACGCAGAGCCACAACCAAAUAGUUACACACUCACACACACACACACACACACACACACACACACACACACACACACACACACACACACACACACACACACACACACACACACACACACACACACACACACACACACACAAAACACAGAUAGAUGGACACGGUUGGCUUUGGCUCCAGCGGUAGCACUUGUGGGUGUCUCCAUAUUUUUUGCGUCUUGAAAACCUGAACCGACGGAUCCAUUUGCAGCAGCAGCAGCAUCACCAGCAUCACCAGCGGUGGCAGCAUCCUCAGCAUCAGUACUACAGCGGCGGCAGCAGCGGGUGGAUUAGACGCCUCGUCUCUUUGGGGAUGGAGGAGCCACCGCGUCCACACGGAGACUCGGGCUUCGGCCAGAUCGCAUGAGAAUCGCGGAUGUAUUUUCAAUGCAGUUUUUCUUGGAAGCGAGCAGCGGAAGAAGAAGGAUCACUUUGCGUCUGAUCCAGGCAUCCGAGGUUGCUCCACAUCUUCGAGAACAAGGGCCACGUUCUGCGGGCGGUGCAGCGCGGGGAUGACCGGGGCCCUUGGGAAACGUGCAUGAGUUGGCAGGCGGCUGAAGUACUCUCUCUCUCUAGAGUGGAAGACCCGUCAAUGAAUUAUGAAUGUUGAACAAGAUGACCUCCUCUCAGCAGCAGCAGAUGAUGAGAGGUCCUAGGCUGAACCGGGCCUUGUCCGACCCAUUGCUUGUGCUGCUCCUGGCCCUCCAGCUACUGGUCGUGGCAGGCCUGGUGCGCGCUCAGACCUGCCCAUCCGUCUGCUCCUGCAGUAACCAGUUCAGUAAGGUCAUCUGCACGCGGCGCGGUCUCCGCGACGUCCCCGAUGGCAUAUCCACCAACACUCGCUACCUGAACCUGCAGGAGAACCUCAUCCAGGUCAUCAAGGUGGACAGCUUCAAGCACCUGAGGCACUUGGAGAUCCUGCAGCUGAGCAAAAACCACAUCCGCAACAUUGAACUGGGGGCCUUCAAUGGACUGGCCAGCUUAAACACCCUGGAGCUCUUUGACAACCGCCUCACCACCAUCCCCAAUGGGGCGUUUGAGUACCUCUCCAAGCUGAAAGAGCUCUGGCUGAGGAAUAACCCCAUAGAGAGCAUCCCCUCCUAUGCCUUCAAUAGAGUGCCGUCGCUGCGCCGGCUGGACCUUGGGGAGCUCAAGCGUCUCUCGUACAUAUCGGAAGGGGCCUUCGAAGGGCUGAGCAACCUGCGCUACCUGAACCUGGGUAUGUGCAACCUAAAGGAAAUCCCCAACCUGAUUCCCCUGGUGAGGCUGGACGAGCUGGAGAUGUCUGGCAACCAACUGGCGGUCAUCAAGCCCGGCUCGUUCAAAGGGCUCAUUCACCUGCAGAAGCUGUGGAUGAUGCACGCCCAGAUCCAAACCAUAGAGAGGAACUCUUUUGACGACCUGCAGUCGCUAGUGGAGCUCAACCUGGCCCAUAACAACCUGACCCUGUUGCCCCACGAUCUGUUCACGCCCUUGCAUCACCUGGAGAGGGUGCACUUACACCACAAUCCGUGGAAUUGUAACUGUGAUAUUCUCUGGCUGAGCUGGUGGCUGAAAGAGAUGGUGCCGGCCAACACUAGUUGCUGUGCCCGCUGCAGCUCCCCGUUCAGCCACAAGGGGCGCUACAUCGGGGAACUGGACCAGAACUACUUUCAUUGUUAUGCUCCUGUUAUUGUGGAGCGCCCAACAGACCUGAAUGUGACAGAGGGCAGCCCCGCAGAGCUCAAAUGCAGGGCCAGCUCCCUGACCUCUGUCAGUUGGAUUACCCCCAACGGCUCCGUCAUGACACACGGUGCGUACAGGGUCCGCAUCUCUGUUCUGAACGACGGGACCUUGAACUUCACCAAUGUUUCCAUGCAGGACACGGGCACGUACACGUGCAUGGUGAGCAAUUCGGCGGGCAACACGACCGCCUCCGCCACGCUCAACGUGACGUCCACCGAAAACAGCGGCUUCAGCUACUUCACCACGGUGACGGUGGAGACCAUAGAGACCCCACACAACGAGGGCUUCACCACGGUGCAGCAGAACGUGAGACCCACCACGUCCGGUCCCUGGGAGUCUAUCUCCGCCAGCUCCACCACCACCACCACCACCACCACCACCACAGCCCGGAGGUCGCAGUCCACCCGGACGACGGAGAGGACGUACACCGUCCCCGUCACGGAGCUGGGCGGAGAGGGCUCUCUCAACGGCCUGGACGAGGUCAUGAAAACCACCAAGAUCAUCAUUGGCUGCUUCGUGGCCAUCACGCUGAUGGCGGCCGUCAUGCUGAUCAUCUUCUACAAGAUGCGGAAGCAGCACCACCAGCAGAACCACCACGCGCCCCAGCGCACCAUCGAGAUCAUCAACGUGGACGAGGACUGCGUGACCGGCGGUCCAGGCAUGGAGGGACACCUUUCCCUUCCCCCACUGGAGCAUGAGCACCUCAACCAUUACAACAGCUACAAGAACGCGUACAACCACGUCUCCACCAUCAACUCCAUACACAGCUCCGCGCAUGAACCUUUAUUGAUCCGGGCGAGCUCCAAAGACAAUGUGCAAGAGACCCAGAUCUGAUCUGCUUUCGUUUUCGUUUUCCCGGAAUGGAACGGCACACACACUGAUUCAUUCAAGUAUAGACGAUAUUUACAAGACGAUUAUUGGCCGAGAGGUUGAGGAGUUUGCCGGCCAUUGAAGGGGACAAACCUGGAUGUGUCCUCGGCUAAUCAUUUGUUGGUGAUGUUUAUUCAAUGACUUUGGGAAUUAGGGUAUGUCUACUGUUUCAAAAAGUGUCUUUACAAAACAAAGGUUAUUUAUUUAAGAAAAAUAUUGUGGUUAAAUUUAGAAAAAAAUGUGUUCUGCAUUUAUUUUUUCAGCUCUUGAUUCAUGGUUUUCUUUCAUUGUUGAUAGGUUUACUUUAAUGCUUAAAGAAAAUAAUGUUAGUGGUUUAUUUUAAUCAGGUAGUCUGACAUAUAGAAGACAGGAUGCUUUUUUUCUCCCAUCUGCUAAAAACUUUCAGCCUCGUUAGUGAAUCUCUUGCCAUCAAUUGUUUUUUGAAAAAGAUAAACCUUCUUGAUGCAUAUGAGGAAUGGGAUUCGUUUUUCGUUUUUGAUUCAUAAAUUCUAUCAUCCUGAUAUCAAAUGUCAUCACAGAGUUUUUUACAGCAAGGGAACAUUUGUAUUUUUACUAUUGUAAAAAUAACAGCCAACAAUUAGAGAUUAAUACGGAAUGAAACAAUUAAGUUUAUACACUUUAUUUAUGAAGGAACAGACUUAUUUGUGGUUUCUUUUUUUCUAUACAUUUAUCCCAUUAACAUUCACCUGUUUUAUUUUUUGAGCUGUGCAAAGAUGUCCACAGAUUAUGAAAUUAACGAUGUCAUUUACUAGCAUACAACUGCUUGCUAAUCAGGGAGGGUCUUAAUGCAAAUGCAAUCAUAGGGCACAACAAACAAAGAGUCUAAGACUAAUUGGGAAGAUUAAAAUCAAAGGGUAAAAUACACACACGUGUCUGAAUAAUGAGCAGCAUUAUGGUUAACUCUAUGUCACUUCUCUCACAAACAAAAAUCACGAUACCUUCUUACCCCACGAUGUAUUAAAGUUAAAUCCUCUUGAUUAGGGCCAUGAUGGGGCGAGCAGAGCUUCCAUUCCCCUAGCAUAACAGCAGCGCUGCUGAGGGGCAGUUAAACACACUCCUAAAUCCUUUAUACAGCUGCGUGAGCACAUUGUCUGUCAUCCGCUUGCCACUAUCACACAUGGCCAGGGCACGGGAGUCCCAGAUCCACACAGGGCCCCUGCCAAGCACAGGACACCCGGCCCAGAGAGGCCGUCCUGCCAGGGCUUAUGCCGCGCGAGGCGUCAGGGGAGGGCAUAUGGGACCGGGCAUCAAGCAGAUGUUCCCGGUGGCACCUGCGUCUCAUCUCCGCUCAGAGCCCCAACUCUGGGCCAUUUCCAUUUUAAUUGACAUGCCCAUGGGUUGAGAGACAGACCCUGCGCUGAAUGCACCGCGUCUACUCUACAGUCAUUUGCCAAGUCUCAACACUGGAAAUGUGUGAUGUUAGGAUGUGUUGGUCACAUCCAAGACCGUGAAAGGUGUCUCCGGAGAGGCUCUCCUGCAAGGACUUUGCUUUAUCUCUACUACCAGUCACAGAUACAUUCAAUCCAAGCCCUUCGGUUAUCUACAAUGGCUCUGGAUUUGACAAUAUGCAUUUAAUUACACGUGUUGCAGAUCUGAAGACAGACCAUACCAACAAUUGUUUUUCUCAUGAUAUGCUUUAACUGUGACCAAAAUAUUAAAGAUUAAACGGAAGUACAAUGAAAACGUUUUUGGAAAUGAAAUACAAAAACGUGAUUAUAGAAAUAUCAAAUCAUUGUGCCAAGGCCUCCCUGGAUUAAAUUCAUCUUGAAGUUGCACUGAAGUUGCAUACGUGUUCAUUUAAUCCAUUUUUACCCGUGGAAUGAGGUGUAUGUGUUGAUCCAUGAUUGAUUUGAUCGUCCGUACCGAGAGAAAGCAAACAAGUGUGACCGUCCCUUAUUUUUAAGUUGAAGGUAAACAACAAAUAUGUUAGUUAGACUGUCGCAUAUAUAUGUAGGAAGUAUAAAUAUUUUUGUCGCCGCUCUGAAAUUCAUACUUUAGUUUGAUUUGUUGGUUUGAUUGUUUGUUUGUUUUAGAGAGGAAACGCUGUUCUAGCAGUAGAUUUAUAUGAGCAUAUGUUUUGAGAAUAAAAUGAACAAAAACAAAAAAACUUUUUAAAGUUUGAUUUUACAUGUGCAAACAACUUGUUCUCAAAAGUAAAAAAAAGACAAACAAGCUGUAAGAAGAUAAUACAUUGAUUUUCAUGUAAACAUUCUUUUAUGACCUUUAAAAGAUAUGAAGAUCAAUUAUAGGAACACAGUUUGUAGUUCAGACACAAAAUAUGGUUAAAAAAUAAACUAUUGUUGUUUUUUGUA